UAUCGUUAGCUUUCAAUGCAAUCCAUGGCCCCACAGUACUAGUCUCUCUCUCUCUCUCUCUCUCUCUCUCAGUAGUAGUGUGUAGAAGUGGUGAAGGUGAGGUUCAAAAUGGUCACUUUGAACUAGAACUAGUCUCCAACAUCACUCACAUUCACACCCUCAACUCCUUCAAGGUUUAAAGUUUUCCAAGUUUGUGGGUGAUGAUUUCCUCAUAGACAGAGAGCAACGAGUUGGAGCAGAGAAAAGAAAUGGUGGGAACUCCAAUUAACGGAAGAACAAGGCCAGCUUUUGCAGUUGUAAAUGGUGGCCACGAUCUUGGCCCCAGUAGUACUCCACCAAGCAAUGCUGGCUCAGAUUAUGGCAUUAUAGAGUUCACAAGAGAGGAUGUGGAGGCCUUGCUCAAUGAAAAGGCCAAAAGGAAGGAUAGAUUUAAUUAUAAGGAAAGAUGUGAAAAUAUGAUGGAUUAUAUAAAAAGGCUCAAGGUUUGCAUCAGAUGGUUCCAAGACCUUGAGAUAAACUACUCACUAGAGCAAGAAAAGUUGAAGAAUUCAUUGGAAUUAACCCAGCAAAAAUGCAUGGAAAUCGAGUUGCUACUCAAAAUCAAGGAAGAAGAACUGAAUUCAAUUAUUGUGGAAAUGAGAAGGAAUUGCACUUCUUUGCAAGAGAAAUUAGUGAAGGAAGAAUCGGAAAAAUCGGUGGCCAUGGAAUCUCUUGUUAAAGAGAGAGAGGCUAGGCUUAACUUUGAGAGGUCACAGAAUACACUAUCAGAGGAUCUUGGGAGAGCACAACGAGAGCUCGAAAGUGCAAAUCAGAAGAUAUCAUCACUCAAUGACAUGUAUAAGCGGUUACAAGAUUACAUAACAAGCUUACAGCAGUACAAUGGAAACCUUCAUUCAGAGCUUUCUACAGUCGAAAAUGAACUUAAGCGUGUAGAGAAAGAGAAAGCUACUGUAGUCGAGAACCUUACCAUGUUAAAGGGUCAACUUACUUUGUCUAUGGCUUCUCAAGAAGAGGCCACGAAACAGAAAGAUGCCUUGGCUAGUGAAGUCACAUCUCUUCGGAUAGAGUUGCAACAAGUGAGAGAUGAUCGGGAUCGCCAAUUAUCUCAAGUCCAAACUUUAACUUCUGAGUUAGAAAAGUCUAAAGAUUCUACAGAAAAGUCCUGCUCUGAACUAAACAUUUUGAGUACAAGAACAAGUGAACUGGAGGCAAAAUGUUCUUUGCAAGAUGAGCGGAUAAAAGCUCUAGAAGAGCAGCUAUCAACUGCAGAGGAGAAACUGCAGGUUUCUGAUAUAUCUGCAAGUGAAACAAGAACCGAAUUUGAAGGGCAACAAAAACUUGUAAAUGAGUUGCAAAGGCGCUUGGCUGAUGCAGAAUAUAAAGUUAUAGAAGGGGAGAAGCUGAGGAAAGAAUUACACAAUACCAUUUUGGAACUAAAGGGUAACAUCCGGGUGUUCUGUAGAGUGCGACCUUUAUUACCUGAUGAAGCUUGUGGUGCAGAAGGCAAGGUUUUAUCUUAUCCCACAUCAAUGGAAGCUUUGGGACGAGGCAUUGAAUUGACUCAAAGUGGCCAAAAACAUUCUUUUACAUUUGAUAAAGUUUUUGCACCUGACGCAUCACAGCAAGAAGUAUUUAUAGAAAUUUCACAGCUUGUGCAAAGUGCUCUUGAUGGUUAUAAGGUUUGCAUUUUUGCCUAUGGUCAGACAGGUUCAGGGAAAACCUAUACAAUGAUGGGCAGGCCCGGACAUCCUGAAGAAAAGGGCUUAAUACCACGUUCACUAGAGCAAAUUUUUCAAACAAAACAAUCUCAGCAACCCCAGGGCUGGAAAUAUGAAAUGCAGGUGUCAAUGUUGGAAAUAUACAACGAAACCAUUCGUGAUCUAUUAUCUACAAAUAAGUCAUCUUUAGAUGCAACUCGCACGGAAAAUGGUACUCCUGGGAAGCAAUACGCAAUCAAACAUGAUGCCAGUGGAAAUACACAUGUUUCUGAUCUCACAGUAGUAGAUGUUCAGAGUGUAAAAGAGGUUGCAUUUCUUUUAAAUCAAGCUGCAAAUAGCAGAUCUGUUGGAAAAACUCAGAUGAAUGAACAAUCUUCAAGAAGUCAUUUUGUAUUCACUCUUCGAAUAUAUGGUGUAAAUGAGAGCACUGACCAACAAGUACAAGGUAUUCUAAAUCUUAUUGAUCUUGCUGGGAGUGAGCGUCUUUCAAGGAGUGGAUCAUCCGGGGACCGGUUGAAAGAAACACAAGCAAUAAAUAAAAGUCUGUCAUCAUUAAGUGAUGUUAUAUUUGCCUUGGCCAAGAAGGAGGAUCAUAUCCCAUUCAGAAACUCUAAGCUCACGUAUCUACUUCAGCCUUGUCUAGGUGGCGACUCAAAGACAUUAAUGUUUGUGAACAUCUCUCCUGACCAUGCUUCAGCUGGAGAGUCACUAUGCUCUCUUCGGUUUGCAUCAAGAGUAAAUGCUUGUGAAAUUGGAACUCCUCGCCGUCACACCAAUGGACGUCCCAUAGAGUCUCGCUUGAGCUAUUUCUGAUCUUUUCAUACAUUAAUCAAUAUAUAUUGUUUAACAUAUUUGUAGCAAUCAAUUGCCGGCUGUGUGUGAUCACUACAGUAACCAAAAUAACUCCAAUUCUAACA